CGGCUCCGGGGCAUGCGCGCUGCCGCGCCCGCGCCCUGCCCCCACGGCCCGCCGCGGCAGAGUUAUGCCAAGUAUGUGAGGCGCUGGCGGGCACCGGCCGCGGUCAUGGAGAGCCGCCGCCUCCGCCUCCGCCCGCGCGGGACUCGGAGCCAGCCCCGCGCCCAGGGCGAGGCGGCGCGCAUGGCGGAGCCCCCGCGGAGGACGCUCGGCCGGCUCCGGGAGCGCCGCGGCCCCGGGACGCUCGAGCCGGGCGCGGGCACCGUGGCCGCUUCGCUCCCCGAGGGACGCUCGCCGCCCCGCGGGCUCGUGGGCCCCGGCACGGAGCGGCCCGCGUGGGGCAGCGGGGUGCGCUCCGAGCGGCCGGGCGCGCGGCUGCCGUGCUCUCGCGGGGCUCCGGAGGCCGCCGCUCGGGGCCGAUCGCCGGAUCGCGCCAUCCCGGGCCCCGAGGGCAGCGGCGACGACGGGGAGGACGAGGGCGCCGACUACUACGAGAACCUGCCCGCGGGCUGCGCGCCCGAGGGGGCGGAGGCGCUGCCGGCCUCGCCUUCCCCGGCGGCGGCGGGCUCCUCCCCGGGGGUGGAGGGCGGCCGCCUGGAGACGGGCAGGCUGCAGACCCAGUUGCGAGAGGCCUAUUAUCUGCUGAUCCAGGCCAUGCACGACCUGCCCCCUGACUCGGGCACGCGGCGGGGCGGACCCGCAGCAGCCCGGGCUCCGGCCCAGCAGCCGCCUCUCCCCCACGGCGCAGCCGUGCGCCCAGCCGGCGGCCCCCGAGGCGACGCCCGCCCUUCGCAGCAGGUGUCCCCGCCCCGGUCGCCUCCGAAGGAGUCGGUGGUAGGGCGGCCGCUGAGUCCUCGGAUGAGGCUGUCCUGUUGCAGAAGUCUCGAGAGCCUCCGCGUGAGGCCGCAGUCGCCUCUGCUCCAGCGGUGGGCGAGCGACAGCUGGAUCUCGUGGGGUGCGCACCGGGACAGGGACGAGCCCCCGCCACGUGGAGGUGGGAUGGACGGCUGGAGCCGGGGCGGCCACCGGGCGGCUGCGUCCGCCGUGCUCCUGCCUUCCAUCUGCCAGGACCCGGGCCGGUCCUCGGGGCGUCCCUACAGGGAUCUUGCGGCGGCGACCUCUGUGAGAGCCAGCAGCCUAGAGGACCGUCCCGAGGGGCCUCCCCUCCUCAAGCCACCUGCGGUGACAGUCAAGAAGCUGCAGAAGUGGAUGUACAAAGGACGCCUGCUGUCCCUGGGGAUGAAGGGUCGCGCUCGUGGGCCCGCAGCCAACGUUCCCGGAGCGCAGGGAACCUCUCCAAAUUUGGGCAGUUGGAAAGUGCAUGAAAACCACGUCCUCUCGGUGACCACGGACCAGAGAAUCACACUGACAGACUUAUUUGAGAACGACGGUGGGUCUCCACUGAGGAAGAGAGAACCUGUGGAUGUAAAGGACAGCACAGAACUUAGAGAGCGCCAGCCCCUCAACAGCAUCACUGUCUCAAAGAAACGCAAUUGGCUGUAUCAGAGCACCCUGAGGUCGCAGAGUCUGCAGGAGAGCAGAUGCAAUUUCUCCUCCCUCUCCCCCGCGUCUCCACACAGACACAGGCAGUUGCCACGUUCCUGUAAGCCCCCCAAGAAACACUGCACACAUGCGAUGUGUAAUGCCGCCAGCUCUUCCCCAUCGGGACACUGCUCUUUAGACUUCAGUGAGGACACCGAUGCCGAUGACGAAGGAGAGAUAUGGUAUAACCCCAUCCCUGAGGAAGAUGACCUUGGCCUAGCGAGUGCCUUGAGACUUGAGGAGGCAAAAGCUGCCACGGUGAAGCUCCCUGCUCUCAGAGUGAGCAUGUUGUCCGCUAGAGACCUGAGGAAGGCUGAGCCUCAUGGUGAAGAGUCGCCGUGCCCUGCCCAACACACAGGGGAUGCCCAGGCUAUACCGUCAAAUGGAAUUAUUUCUGCAGAUUCCAUCCAUUCCACAGAAGCUGUGCGGCAGGGCAAGCACAGGUUCGGACGCCGGGCCCCAGGGAUGAUGGCAGAGGACAGCCCCAUGUUGAAAUCUGCUUUUACAGGUCCUGGGAUCUUGGUUUCUACAAACAGGACUGAACUGAGAGCUAUGGAACCAUCUUCUCCAAGCCCUAGCCCUGUGAAGAAAGGCAGUUCAAUUACUUGGUCUUUGCCAGAUAAAAUAAAAUCUCCACGCACUGUGAGGAAAAUAUCCAUGAAAAUGAAACGGUUGCCAGAAUUCAGCCGGAAGCUGGGUGCCAGGGGACCCCCACACUACGUGAACAGUCCAGAUAGUACGUCACCGUCGUCUAAAUGUAACUGCCGUGAACUGCCUCAUAGUGUCACUGUGUCCUCUGGGAACCCAACCAGGAACGUUAUAAGCCGGUACCAUCUUGAUACCACUGUAUCAUCUCAGCACACUUACCAGAAGAAAGCCACUGGGAGCUCCAAGUAUUCCUGCAAGGGUGGUUACCUCAGCGACGGAGACUCACCCGAACUUAGAACCAAAUCUAGCAAACAUGGAUCCGAGCACAAACUCGGAAAAGGGAGAGAAGCCAUUCCAAGCAGUUGUUGCAAAAACGAACUAGAUAUAGAUGCCUUUAGACAUUACAGCUUUGCUGACCAACCCAAGUGCUCACAGUACAUAUCUGGGCUCAUGAGUGUGCAUUUCUAUGGUGCAGAGGGUUUAAAGCCACCCCGCAUAGAUUCCAAAGACGUCUUUUGUGCAAUUCAGGUAGACUCAGUAAACAAAGCCAGAACAGCUUUGCUCACCUGUCGGACGACGUUUUUAGACAUGGACCACACUUUCAACAUAGAGAUCGAAAACGCACAACAUCUGAAACUGGUGGUCUUCAGCUGGGAGCCCACUCCAAGGAGAAAUCGAGUGUGCUGUCAUGGCACAAUUGUCCUGCCUACUUUAUUCCGCGUGACAAAGACACAUCAGCUGGCUGUCAAACUUGAACCCAGAGGCCUUAUUUAUGUCAAGGUGACCCUCAUGGAACAGUGGGAGAAUUCUCUCCAUGGCCUGGAUAAAAACCGUGAAUCGGUCGUGUUUGGGGUUGACAUUCAGAAAGUCGUAGAGAAAGAAAAUGCGGGCUCGAUGGUGCCGCUGUUGAUACAGAAAUGCAUCAUGGAGAUUGAAAGGAGGGGCUGCCAGGUUGUAGGCCUGUAUCGAUUGUGUGGUUCAGCAGCUGUCAAGAAAGAGCUUCGAGAGGCUUUUGAGAAGGAUAGCAAAACUGUUGGUCUGUGUGAAGACCAGUACCCAGAUAUAAAUGUAAUAACAGGUGUCCUUAAAGACUAUCUAAGAGAACUUCCUUCUCCGCUGAUAACAAAGCAGCUGUAUGAGGCCGUGUUAGAUGCCAUGGUGAAAAGUCCUUUGAAAAUGUCAUCAAAUGGUUGUGAGAAUGAGUCCGGUGACUCCCAGUUCGCAGUCGGCCUACUGAAUUGCUUGCCGGAUGUUGAGAAGGCGACCCUGAAGAUGUUGUUAGACCACCUGAAACUGGUAGCUUCAUAUCAUGAAGUGAAUAAGAUGACGUGCCAGAAUUUAGCUGUGUGCUUUGGGCCAGUGUUGCUUAACCAGAGGCAAGAGACUCCGACCCACAACAACAGAGUCUUCGCCGAUUCCGAAGAGCUCGCCAGCGCCUUGGACUUCAAGAAGCACAUCCAGGUUCUUCAUUACUUGCUCCAGCUCUGGCCAGUGCAACGUUUAGCGGUCAAAGAACCCACAGACAGUUUGUGCCUGGAGCAGUCAUCUCUGAAUCAUUUGAGGCGAAAGAAAGAGCGGCCAUGUGUAUUGAAUCUGAGCAGUGUGGAUUCAUCGGGGGUGCUGAGGCCAAGACAGACCAGACUCGAUAGUCCACUCAGCAACCGCUAUGCAGGAGACUGGAGCAGUUGUGGGGAAAACUACUUUUUAAAUACAAAAGACAAUUUCAAAGAUUUGGAUUAUGAUUGUGUUCCCUUAGAAGAUGGGGAAGAUAGAGAUCAUUGCAAAACCAAUGGAGCAGAGGUCGUGAUGGAGCAGCAGCUUGCCAUGUCUAAGGCGUGCACGUUCCAGACGUACUUGACAAUGGAGACCAUCGAGUCUACGAUGAAUCAGAAGGCUAACCUCAGAGAUCUGCAAGAAAGUAUUGAUGCUUUGAUUGGCAGUCUGGAGCGUGAGCUCAACAAGAAUAAACUCAAUAUGAGUGUUUGAGAUGGGGGGGGGCGCUUUAUUUCAGGUCAAUCCUCAGUUUCCUUUCUUAUUCCUCCCUUCGUGUCACUGUGUGUGUGUAUGUGUUCCUAAUAAGUUCAUGUGAUUCAAUUACAGACACUAUUCAUUAAUAUGGUUGUUUUAGUUAUGACAGUUUGGGGGGCAUAAAGCUAACUUGGACUUUGGGGAACAUUUUAAUAAGCCUAGCUGGUCGUGUGGAGGGAACUUGGAUCAGGAACGUUUUCACCCCUCAAGCCUUUGGAGCAUUGUGAGGACUGCUCUUCUGUAGGUGGGGACAAUUGUCCUCUGCAGAGGACACUGCAGCUGGCCAGGCUGAUUUGCAGUCAGAGUCCUAGUGCAAUGCCAUUUGGUCACAUUUCAUUUGCAAUACGAAUGCUGCUAUAAGAAAACUUUUUAUAAAUGUAAAAUUAUACAGAGAAUAAUUAAUGUAUUUUGUAUUAACAUCCAGUAAUUAUUUAAGCUUAUAAAAAUUAAAUAUUUUUAUGUUUCUGAGAACGUGUAUAUAUUUAUAAGUGCGUUGUGUGUAUAGGUUUUACAAUGAGGGAAGGGUUUGGCUCUAGAAUUCUAUAUAUUUUAAAAAGUAUAUUUCAUGGGGCCAAAUUUGUUAGCUUAAAAAUGUGUUCUUCAGGGAAAGACUGUUUAAGUUAAAAGAAUAAGUUACAUAAAAGCCUCUUGAAUGAAGACACACCAGAAGUGUUAGAGGAGAAAUGAUGGUGCUUCCCUUUUGCUUCUUAGAUACAGUGUCCCUGUGAAAAGUCAUAGUCUAAGCUGGACCCUUCAGCUGCGUAAGGGACCCAGUGACCCCUUAGUGACCUAAGGAAACCUCACCUGUUCUGUGCAUUUCUGCCUUCUGUGAUGCUGUAUUUAUUUGUAGCGGUACACCUAAAAUGUUGACUUCACAAUUGCUCUUGUUUCUAAAGAAGUCCUCUUGCCAGGAUGCUGCAUGAUACCAUUGUUUUUUAUUAACUUAUUAUUAUGUACAUCUGUGAGGCAGUUGUUACAGAAACAAUACUGGUAUUUGAAAAGACGUAAAUUUAGAAGGCUUUUAAAAAUUAAAUUGUCAUGUGUUUAAAAAAAAACUUUUAUACUUACAGAUGUAUAAUUAUAAAAGUAUAAAUGAAACCUGAGUUACCAGGUUUAAAGUGUGACAGCUGUGCAAAAACUGGCUUCUUAAUGUAUUUCUAAAUAUUAGAGUGUUUAAUGUAACAACCACUUCUGUGUAAUACACGAACAUUCAGGUAUUUAAUUUGAAAGCCACUGUAUAGGAAAAGUAACUAUUUUUGUGUGAGACUUUCAUUUUCUACAACUUUGUGUAACAAACACCGGAGACUAUGCACCAGGUGUGUGUCAUGGGUGAACAAAGUGUUGUUAAAUGUUUCCCAGGGAAAGUUGUCCAUUUUCUUCCUUUUGUAUCAUAAUACACUAUGUAAGUAAAGUAACUUUUAUUAAAAAUAUUAUAACAGUGUCAUGCUAUUAUAACUGA